CGCCAUGAGGAUACGGCUACCUUUUGCAGGCGUCUUCGUCCUCCUCAUCCUCCUCGCCGGCUACGCGGGCCUCUCAUCGCUGCAGCUCGACGAGACGACCCUCCCGAUCAAUGACAAGGUGCUGCACCUGCUUACCUUCUUCGUUCUCACGAUCGUCUUCUACUGGGUCAUCGACACCACCCGGCGGCGCACCGCGCACCUGACGCUGGUCGUGUGCACCGCCGGGCUCGGCAUCGGCUCCGAGUUCAUCCAGGCCGUGCUGCCCAACGGCCGCUCGUUCGACCUCUUCGACAUUGUCGCCAACCUGGUGGGCUCGCUGGCCGGGCUGGGCCUGUGCUCGUGGUACCACAAGCGAAUGCUGGAGCGGAAGAGGCGGAGGAAAUAUGCGGCUGUGCCAUCUGGGGAAGCCGGAGGGGCGGAGGACCUGGAGCUGGGCGAGGGUCCGGGGAUUGGGGCCGCCUCCGGGGAGCAUGAGGAGGGUGUGAUUACGAUGAGCGGUGCUGCCGGCGCGGGCGGGGGACAACGGGCUACGACACUGGAGGAGGAAGUCGACAAUUGGGACGAGAAUGCCGUCGAUGCCUGGGACGAGGACGACGCGGGCGACGUUGGUGUCUCUGCGCCGGCGUCCGGGAAGAAUGCCGAGACGGGGGGAGACAAUGCUGGUGCCAAAAAGCGCUCGGACUGAUUCCCAACAAAGGCUACAACAAUCAUGGGGCUGCUGCGCCUGCGCAGAAUGUAAGGAUGGAGGCCUGCAAUGUCUCAUUGGCGUUCCUGCAAUAUCAUAUCACUCCUUUUUUUUUCC